GUAUCUUAGGUGUGUGUGGUUUCUGUUUGAAAUAGUGAGUUUAGUGUGGGAAGAUUUUUGCUAACUGUUUCUUUAGUAUAACGCUUAAUGAUGGAUAGAGAACUUCUAAAAAAUGAAGAUAUGUGGUCACCGUUUAAGGAGCUUCAGUCAUUUGUUGAGGGCGUAGUCUCACAGCCCAUUCAUGGAGUUUUACAGAAAGUCCAAGAAGUGCUGAGGAAACAUAAACAGAAUUUUUUGACAUUGCUGAAAAAUCCGCCAAAGAAUUCCCAGCAUAGAGAAGAGCUACGAAAAGGAAUUACGGAAGGUAUAAUGCUUCCAGGCAUUGGCCAUCAAACUCUGUCGAAGGAGAUAGUGGAUGAAGCAAUAAUAAUUUCAGACAUGUACGAUCUUAACGAGUUCGUCGCCCUUGACUUACUGUGCACAGCUCAGCAGCGCAUGCCUCAUCACCCAGGUCUGCCUCGAGGACUGGUUGCUGUCUUGCUGUACUAUGAUGGCAGGCGUGCCUUAGUCUAUGCUUUGCGUGCAUUAGUGCAGGCUCGAAAUGGAAUUUCGUGGACUGUGAGUUCAACUGAGGAGGUCACUAGAUAUAUCACACGUUAUACCCAGGAGCUGAUGGAUCAUGGUGUAAUAAAUCGGAUACUGGGUUUAUUAGAAACAAUGGAUUUGACCAGUGAACUUGAAUUACUUCAACAAAACCGUGCUAUUGGGGGUCCAAGGCACCAACGACAGAUCCUGGAUAUGUUCCAGGAUAUUCGGCAGGGUUUGGCUGAUACUGUCUACUGUUGGGCUGCUCAGUGUGGACUUCCUCGUGAACCAACAUUUCGUUUAAUGGGAGUGCUUAAAAAUUUGAAGAUAGAAGAUGAUCCGGCAGGAGGAAUUGACAGUGUUACCUUAGCUUUAGAAAUGGCCUUACUAUAUGCUGUGGAUCUUAGCAUUAUUCAGAAACGUGAAGAUGGUGAGGAUGUAGUGAAGAAUUUACCACUCUUGGCAGAAGCAGAUUUUCUACGUGAGCUGGUACGGGAACUCACGCCUUCUGGUGGUCAGGUUUGGCAGUGCACAGGACUGCAGGCUUUGACCCAGUUUGCUGUUUCUCUGAGUCUUGCGACUCUGCGAAGAGCUCCUCAAAAUCUACAGCCAUUUGCAUUUUCAGAAGAGGAUGAAAUUCUUGUUGACUCUGCAAUAGAGCUUAAUGUAUUUGAUUUCCUCCAUCAGACCUUCCUUAUCAAUGAUUCUUUGUAUAAUGAGGCAUUCUACUUGCAAAGAUUACACACACUGAUUACAGACUUCAUCAUGUUCAUGCCUUUCAAGGUCAAAGAACUUCGAAAUCGGGCAGAUGAAACUGCCCGUACGAUGCAAGUGUAUAUGCAGGAAGGUUUAGAGCCUCCAGCAAGACUUCCACAUCAUUAUGAGCAUAUGUUACUAGCCAUGGCUCGUUUGUAUCAUUGUGAUAGAUUACAACAGGAACUUGUCCUCGAAUACUGGAAUCCUCCAGAAGAAAACAGAGGAAAUAUCCUUCCAUUCCGUAGUACCCCUCGAAAGAUGCUGCUUUCAAAAUUUGUGUACGAAGGUGGAACCGAGUUGUUGCCAUCAUUAUUUGUUCCACACAUGAAGAUGCUCUGCAGUCUGGCAUCGACACCAAAAGCAGCCCGCUAUGCGUUCAGUUACUUGAAAAAUAAUUCUGCGAGCAAUGUGUCAUGGAAUCACUUUUUCAAAUCCCUUGAAAGAUAUUAUAGCAACUUAAGACAAGAGUUGCCACCUACAACUGACACUGUCUAUCAGUCACGUAGCUACCCUCGUGGAAUUUCUCCUCAGGAAAUACACGGUCUGCAAGCUGUGCUGGAUAUUGUUAGAACAGUAGCUGAAAAUGACAGUGUCUCUCGAGUAGCACUGUGUGAGAACACACAGUGGCAACCGUUGAGCAUUUUACUUGGUUUGGUUACUUGCUCUGUACCAAUACCUUUGAAAGCAGAUUUGCUUCGAACGUUGGCAGCACUAGCUCGUUCACCAGAUACUGCUAUUACUUUGUGGUUUAACUUUGAAACAUCACAGAUUCUGUCCACAAUUCCAAGUGCAAGCAGUUAUCAGCCACGAGGGGUCCAAACUGAACUGGAGGAGAUCGAGUCCCGUAAUGAAGAAUACCCUCUGACACGGGCCCUUCUAAGUCUUCUGGACGUGUUGACUGACGUGCCCAUCCCUCGGCUCCUUGGCUUAGGAACUAGGGCUCCAGGCUUUGACCCGUACUUGAAUUUUGUCAUCAACUCUGUAUUUCUGAGGUUCAAUACUCGCAUAUAUAAAAAUCCGAAAGAGAAGUGGGAAGUGGCUAAAGGAUGUGUGAAAUUAUUUGUGAAACUCUUAUCCCAGUAUGAACCACAAGAAGAAGAUUUCUCGCCACAAUAUGUAGACCUUCAGUCUGGAGGCUCAUCACAAGUUAAUCCGCCCCCUGGAUAUCACCUAAUGGUUAAUUUGAAUUCCAAGACUGAGUUGCUACAGCGAAUACUGUAUCUGAUUGAAGAGGGAGUACAAAUGUUGGAUUCAUUCAUACCAUUCCCUGGAAAAGAAGCAUUGGAAGCAAGCCUGGAAAGCUGUUUAGCUUUACUUGAUCGAACUUUGGUUUUGCAACCUGCUUUCUCAGCAUUACUGAGUACAGCAUGUACUCCUCUUCUUAUUCCUGGUCUAAGCCGUUUACUUCUGGAUGUGAAUCCACGCAGUGGACAGACUGACUAUUUGUUGCUGAUAACCAAGUAUGUCACAUAUAACAGCUGGCUACCUCAACAUGCAAACACUGCUGUGAAGAUUCUUUUGGCGAUGACUUCUCAACCGUCUUCACAAAAUCAAAUGGUAACCCAGUUUACUUCAACAGCUGCGAUGACAGCAGAAAUACGACAAGGAUUUGUUGAAUGCCUGGAAGCGAAUGAAGAGGAAAGUUUGAAUGUGGAUGGUGAAGAGGUUUUGAGUGUACAAGCACAGACAAAACUGACAAUUAUUAAAUUAUUGCAACAGUGCCUUUGUCAUCCUCAGCCCAACCUAGCACAUUAUCUUUUUGGAUUCGACCUUAAGAAGAAUGUUAAGAAAACAAUAUUUCAUCAUGCAGGUGUGAAGGGAACGCCACGCACAUGCCUUCAUGUGAUGUUAUCUAUCAUGGAUGCAGCUGUGACAUCAAAAACUACAUUGUACAUGGUACCUCCUCAUCCAAGCUUACUGGAAACCUGUUACAGUAUGCUUUAUUACCUGUGCGCCAACAACAACACCAGGGAACCUGUGCUGAACUACCUGCGCACCUGCAGCAAUUUCUUGGCUCGACAUCUUGCAGCUGUUCGUUUUGGUCCAGAAUACAGUUCAUCAGAGCUGAAUCAAGUAGCAUGGCUACUGAAAAUAAUAGCUAUUGAAUUAAGAGAGACAGCAGCAAGCAAGCAGAUCCCUCACCUUACCAGUCUGGUUGACCUUCUAGUUCGUGAGCCAAGUAGCCCUCAAGAAAGCACACAGGAGCCUGUGAGAACAUACAAGCUAAUUGAAAAUGAGCAAUACCUCUUCAGGCCCAAAGGACUUGUAGGUAUCACGCAGAAGCCUAAAAGUCGUCAGACGUUACUGGUACUGCUCCAUUUUCUUGAUUUCCAAGUGCCAGGAAUAUCACAGCCAGCGUGGGAAUUUUUUGAACCUGCACAGAUAUCACAGCUAAUUGCAAAGUGUCAGAUAUCAUCAGUUAAUGGAAAUCUUGUGGAUGUGAAAAAGUUGCACAAAAGGUUAAUGGAACAAUUGCAAAUACUUCAAAAUACAUCAAACACAGCACAGCGACCACUUGUCAUGGGAGAAAUACAGGAGGUCUUGAAAUACGCAAUUAGAAUAAACAAGCAACGACAAAGGAGUAGUGCUACAGUUCACUAUGUUGACGCAUGGCGGCAAGUUAUAGAGGUGAUGUUCAUUACGGCACCAUUAGAUGUGUUGCCAUAUGAAACAAGACAAGAUGUAUUAUUGGAUGCUGUGCAGCUCCUUCUGUGGAAGGUUACUUCUUCUCAACCAACAGCAAAACUAGCAAACCUUAGCUCAGGGACUUUGAUGUUACUGCUAGUCAAUCUUCGCAGUUGUUACAAAAUGCAGAAGAAAGAGGACCAUACAGCAGCAAAACAAAAUGAACUGUCAAUGACUUUGCAGACCAAAUCUGCUGUGCUAGACCUAAUUCUUACAAAUAUCAUAGAAUGGAUUCUCAGAGCAGGUGCAAAAUUACAAGGGCUGAGAGCUAAUUUAUAUGCUGCUCUGUUGAACUUCCUUCAUAUGACAUGUCAGAAUGGUGUUGAAAGUUAUGAUGAAGAACCGUCUGAAGGAAGCAUGUUUAUAAGCAGAUUGGACAGCUCAAAAUAUCGUUCCUUUGGCACAGAUGCUGGACCACAGCAUGCAUCAUGCCUUAACAUUGUUAGAAGUUUCGGUGAAAGUCUGAUUGAUGUACUAUGCCACGACUGCACUGGAGGACAUGAUAUUUGCAAGAUGCUGGCAUUGUCUUGCAUUGGGCUUCUGAUUGAGUUAGACCCUCACACUAAUUGGAUUGCAUAUUUGUCAUCUCGUGGUUACCUGAAGUAUAUUAUCGAUAGCCUUCUUGAUGCAGAUGAAAAACUUGUGGCUGUUUUAGAGCCAGUUCCUCGCUCAGUUUCGGUAUUGUAUGUUUAUGAAUCUAAAAUGGCCAUGCUAUGCCGUGUUGCUGCUUCACAUUCUGGAGCAGAGAUGCUGUUGGAACACGGUUUAAUGGGCUGUCUGUCAUCCAUGAGUAUAUUUGAUAGGCACCCAGAUAUUAGACAGAGGUAA